GAAAAAUACAAAAUAUCAAAUACAAUAUAGAGAAUGGUAAUUAUAUACAAUAGAUCUCCAGGAGUUACUCAUGUCAUCAGAAAAGACUAAGCGAAAUAACUAAUAGGAAAAGUAGCAAUGACUCGAAUUACAUCAAUAUAAUUGAAUCUAGUAGAAGGAAUAAAUUUUUUAACUCAAGAAGGAAAGAAAUUAAAAAACAAGAAGAAAUUCUAUCUUAAAAUAGAAAGUUACUUACUAAAAUAGUGAAUAUCAAGUCUAGUUUCUAUCGUUCGGUUAUAUAUUGAUCUAGUUUAAUAGUCAUCUAGAUAAUCCAUCAGUAGCAAUGGUUCUAAAUUAUCAGCCAGAUCAAUUGAAUUAAAACAAAAGAAUAUUUAACGUAUCAGAGACAAUCAAGUUAAUAGACAAAAGAUAUCUUAAAUGUGUAUUAGCUGAUAUAAUAUUUCAGUAAGUCAACUUUCAAGUCUAUACCAACAGAGAGGACCAGCCGAGAUUCGCUUCGAAGACCCAUAUAUCAAAUAGAGGAUGUUUACAAAAAAUAGAAAUGUCUUCAAGUCUCAAAAAUAAGUCAAGUACGAUUACUAUCCUUUCCUUCUGUGAGAAGCAGUAAUAAGUCCAAGAUUUCGAAUUCAGAUAACAAGGCCAUUGCCUAUACGUUACCCACAAUCAAAAAACCAAACUAAUAAAUCAUAGCAAGGAUGCUAAAAGAUAAAUUGAAUAAUAACUGA